ACGCGAGAGGGCAUAUGAGAGAGAAGGAAGUAAAUAGAUAACGUUGGUUUGCACUUCAUGUUGAGUUUAAAAUAUGUUAUGAAAUUGAAUUAGCAUGUAGUGUUGUUGACUGAGUAAGACAUAGUUUUAAGUACAUUAAAACUUAAUGUAUCGUUUUAUUGGUACACGUUUAACGCUGCUAGGCCUUCGAUUUUCAGUAAAACCGAGACUCAGGCAAUUAGGUAUCUUAAAAAUGGCAAACAUUGUGGAAGUUCUUUCUUGUUUGAUAAAAUCCUUGGAAAAUGCAGUAGCCGAAGUUGGAAAUGUUGCAGAAGAUGUUGCAGCUAAUUUUGUUCGUAAACAACUUGGAGAAGUGGGAAUGAGACUAAUGAGCUCAUAUGGACAAUGUUUUGAAGAUGCUGGAGUAAAUACUCGAUCAGGACUUGAAGAUCAAGUGAGGAAACAGUACAGGAAUGAAGAAGUAAGAGAUGCUUUGGAAUAUCUAGAGGACAUGGAGGAAAAGUGGAACACUUGUUUGAAAAAACUAGAUUCUAUUACAAAACAACAUCGUUUUGGAACUGUCAGUGAAGAUGUGUCAUUAUCAUUCCUGUUUAAUUUGGAUGUAGUGAAAGCUAAUACAGAAAAAGUAACAAACUUACAACAGUAUGUUGACAAAGGCUUCUCCUCUUUGUUGUUGAUUCUUCUCCGCCACUUUGCCUGACUACCCUGACGUGAUCAUGUGACACUCUUGCAACAGCACAAGGAAGAUUUCAGGAAUGCAGGUUGCGAGGUGUUGGUGAUCACUUGUGGUACACUUCAGAAUGCUCAAGUCUGGUUACAGGAUACACAAUGUACACUAGACCUUUUAGUUGAUUCUGAAAGAAAGGUCAUUGACAGCCACAACAUCUCUGCUCAUCACCAACAACCACUGGAAAUGAAGGACCUUCAUCCUGCCUUCUCCAACCUUCUUCACAGCUCUCUCUCAAAACUUCCCGUCAAUGUUGCUAAACAUGAUCAUAAUCACUGUAGCUAAUUAUUAUUCUCACGUGCAGGGAUGAAGGGGAACAACUGUUCCUGAACACCCCUGUUGAGAAGAGCAGUUUUUCUUUUUCUUCUGUAUACAGAUUUAUCACUCAUUUGGACUAGGUCGGUCAGUGUCCCAAGUUUGGAACAGUCAAACAAUACAGUACUAUGCUGAAGUUUUUCUCUCUGGAAGAAUGCCAGUGGCACCAUACAAAAAUGAUGAUGUUCUUCAGUUAGCUGGAGAUUUCAUCGUGGACAACAAGGGUCAUAUUAUCUUUUCUCAUCCUAGCCAGACACCUACAGAUAGACCUUCUGUUGACACUUUACUUGCAGCUGUAGAGACUGUUUUUUCAAAACUCUAGAAAAUCAUGUGUUGGUAAGAAACAUAAUGCUGUUUUUAAUAUCUUGUUUGGAUGUUAUAAUCUACACAUUUUUACAGGGACUAAAAUAAGAUUUUGGUUUUAUAUUUAUAAGAGAAUUAUACGGUGAUUUUCAGAAAGUUCAGCAUACAUUUUGAAAAAGACACAAAGUGUAUUGAAGUGCAUUGUUCCCAAUAAUGUAUAUUAAAAAUUAGCUUUGCCCAAUUCAUCAAAAAAUGAUGGGAAAAAGUUCUGUAAAAAAUAAAAAUGGGGUUCUCCACCCUUCCUUUUGCAAGCACUGUUCAUCAUAGGAAAAAACACCAUUCAUUGAUAAAAGAAAAAAAAUUCAAGUAAGCUUUCAAAAAAUCAUUUAGAAUGGUGCAAUUUAAAAAUGACAACUGGCCUUUUAUAUAUAUAUAUAUUAGAUUUUAAUCAGAGAGAGUGGAACGGUAGUAUCAGAUCAUAGUUCAAGACUUUUAUAUCACCCAAAAACAUCAGGCCUAAGGUUUAUGAUAAAACUUCUAUCACAAAGGUUAAUUCUAAAAAUUAAUAUAAAGUAUAGUAGUCCACUGCUUGAGGGACCACCCUAUGUUUCACAUUAAUAAUGGUCUUAUCUCAAAGAGAGGGGAGCUUCAAGAUUGGACUACUGCUAGGAGAGCAUGGCUAAAUGAAUGGAACUUCAAGAUUGGACUACUACCAGGAGGGCAUAGCUAGGUGGAUGGAUCUUCAAGAUUGGACUAAUACCAGGAGGGCAUAGCUAGGUGAAUAGAACUUCAAGAUUGGACUACUUCCAGGAGAGCAUAGCUAGGUGAAUAGAACUUCAAGAUUGGACUACUACCAGGAGGGCAUAGCUAGGUGAAUAGAACUUCAAGAUUGGACUACUACCAGGAGGGCAUAGCGAGGUGGAUGGAUCUUCAAGAUUGGACUACUACCAGGAGGGCAUGGAUAGAUUAAUGGAGCUUCAAGAUUGGACUAGUCCUAGAAGGGCAUAGCUAGAUGACUGUAGAAGUUAAGAGUACAUUAAUUAUUUCUGUAUUGCACAUAAACUGUUGUAGUGCA